CCUAGAUAUCUUCGUUUAGAAUACAAAUUUGGAUCACGUACUAUUUCCCAAAUUUGAGAGAGAAAGAGCUACUGUGACCCAUCACUUGGGCAACCUCCACUACCCCUCUACGUUAACUCUCUUGUGCUCAACAACUAGUCCCAUUCUCUUGUGCUUCAGACUCAGCUCUCUCCGAGUACGUCUUUCUUUCUCUCUAAACGUUGGGAAAAUAGCGCUUCUUGUUUAGGUUUAGCUUGGGUUUUCCUGUUGAAGAGUGCCCGGGCUCGAAGAAAGUGAUCGCAUUUGUUGAUUAUAUCUGAAAUUUGGAAUUUUGGUGGUUGGAUGUAUGUUCGAAAAUCAGAGUUCAUAAAAAAAGGACAAAAAGGUUGGCUUUAGGGAGGAAAGAAGUGCGUGAGAACUGUAGUAGCGAGUUGAUUGGUCUGUCUGAUGGUUGGAAUGGGGUUGAAAUUGAUGGUUUCCAGCUCAAUUGCAGUGAUUGUGAUUGGUUUUCUUGUUCAAGCUUCUGUGUCUGUUUUGGCAGAACAAAAUUCAAAACAGGACUAUUCCGGCUAUGUUGAGGCCUCCCAAGAGGCUGAAACAAACUAUCUAGUGAGGGUAUUCAAGUUCUUCUGGCACGAAGGAAAGUUCGUUUACAAACAUGUUUGGCCGGAAAUGAAAUUUGGAUGGAGAAUAGUUUUGAGUACGGCAAUUGGAUUCAUUGGAGCUGCAUUUGGGAGUGUUGGAGGUGUUGGCGGGGGUGGCAUUUUUGUUCCAAUGCUUACCCUCAUCGCAGGGUUUGAUCCAAAAACAUCCACAGCACUAUCAAAAUGUAUGAUCAUGGGUGCAGCAGGUGCAUCUGUUUACUACAAUCUUAAGCUAAGGCAUCCAACACUUGACCUGCCAAUUAUUGACUAUGAUCUGGCACUUCUUUUCCAACCAAUGCUUGUGCUUGGAAUAAGUAUUGGAGUUGCUUUCAAUGUGAUGUUUGCUGACUGGAUGGUCAUGGUCUUACUGAUUAUUCUUUUCAUCGGGACAUCAACUAAGGCAUUCUUCAAGGGUAUUGAAACAUGGAAGAAAGAAACCAUAAUUAAAGAGGAAGCUGCAAGACGCAUGGCAUUUAGGGGCAGUGAUAAUGAAGAAGUGGCAUACAAACUUCUACCUGGAGGCCCAAGCAAUAGUACUCAAAUGAAGCCCAGUGAAUUUAAAGCAUCAGAGGUGCCUAUAGUUGACAAUGUCUGUUGGAAGGAACUCGGUAUUCUUGGUGCUGUCUGGGUCAUAAUCCUUGCACUGCAGAUAGCCAAGAAUUACACAACAACUUGUUCUGUGGCGUAUUGGAUAUCAAAUCUGUUGCAGAUUCCCGUGGCUGUUGGAGUUUCUGCAUUUGAGGCUGUCAGCUUAUAUAAAGGACGGAGAGUGAUUGCAUCCAAGGGAGAACCAGGAACAAAUUGGCAAGUCAACCAGCUGGUUCUUUGUUGUUUCUGUGGUGUUCUGGCUGGUAUUGUUGGUGGCCUGCUUGGUCUUGGUGGAGGAUUCAUUUUGGGCCCACUGUUUCUGGAGCUGGGAAUCCCUCCCCAGGUGUCAAGUGCCACUGCCACCUUUGCCAUGUCAUUUUCCUCAUCCAUGUCUGUUGUAGAAUAUUAUCUUCUAAACCGUUUUCCAGUUCAUUAUGGUAAGGCAUCCUGCCAAUUUUGUUUACUGCUGUUCGACACCGGAGUGAUACAAGACAACCUCUUCAGUUCGAGUGUCAGUAAUAUCUUUCUUGUCUUGGAUAAUAUGCUCUUUUCCAUUUUUGUAUUUUUUUCCAGCUCUCUACUUCAUUGCAGUGGCAACAAUAGCUGCACUGGUUGGGCAACAUGUAGUAAGAAAGCUGAUAAGUAUAUUAGGGAGAGCAUCUUUGAUCAUCUUCAUUCUGGCCUUCACAAUCUUUCUCAGCGCUAUCUCGCUAGGUGCGGUUGCCUUAUUAGACAUGCUUGAGAAGAUAAAGGGAAAAGAGUACAUGGGAUUUGAUAACAUCUGUGCAUAUGGACCUUAAUUCUCAACAUUCCUGGUGUAUCUCCCCAAGCAUUAAUAUAUUUCUUUGCAAUUCUGUUUCAAAUCUUGGAUUUUAUAGCAGUUUUAAAAUGAAAGAUGCUUUGCAGUUUAAACUUGG